UCGAGUCGAGAGCACACACCCUCCGAGAGCAGUGCGCGCAUGUCAGCCAAGUUUCGUAUUCGAGUCGAGUCGGGGCACCACAUGGCGUAUACGUGUUGCGGGCCAUUUAAACGGGUGCACUGAGUCCAUUAUGGUCACUGGGCGAAGGGAAAUCCGCGGCAGAGCUCUGUAACCAGACCAGAUGUUUCAAUUCUAGAACUGCCCGAGUCUCUGCUCGAUCAGCAUGUGAACAACCAUCUCCACUUCAGGAGAAAUUCAAUAUGGUCAUUGGCUCACGUGAUAUGAUUUGAAUAGAGGCCGGCUAAGUGCAAAAAGCUGCAAUUGGCAAUUUGCAUGUUGUGUGGCUUGCGUUGAUGGAUUUUCUCUAAGUCGCCACGAAAAAUAAGGCCACUAUUCGAUUGAAUGCAGAAGAGGCAGCAGGAGCAGCAGCAUCAGAAACAGCCACCGCAUCAACCAACAGCAAGUGCAAUAUCUGUAGCAGCUGGAGAAACAAGAGAAGCAACAACCGCAACAAGAACAACAUGUUGACAACACACCAUCUGCAUCACCUGCACCAUCAUCGAGGCAGCACCGCCGUGGAAUUGGACAAGAUCACGAAUCUAAAUACGCUCAUCGUGGAGAUCAACAGCCAUGUGGCACUGUUCCGUGAUAUGCUGAUACACGUGGGGCAGGCCAAGGAUUGCCCCGAGCUGCGCGAAAAGAUACGCAAACUGCGUCGCACCUGCGUGGAAGCAUUCAAGCACACCGCCCAGAUACUCCUGCCGCAGGUCAAGAGCGCCAUGGCUGAUGGCAUACUCACCGACAACCCGCACUUGGUGCUGGUGUUCUACAUGGCCCAGUUAUUCCUACGUGAACUUGUGAAAAGUUAUCGUCUCAUACAGGUCGUGCCAAUGGAUAUGUCGGGCUAUUAUGAGAACCGCGCGGGGCCCUCUAAUCUGGGGAAUGUCAUAAGCCAAAUAUUGUUGUGCAAACAAUUUACGCCCGACUUCAAUGAGGAGGAAUUGUGCAGCAUCACCAAAGACUCUCAGGACAUUGCCGUUCUGCUCUCCGAGCUGCAGGAGUACAUGCCACAACAUGAGGCAUAUUUGGAAAGGAACGCAGCCCUGGACACCACUGGACCCUGGCAGGCCAAGAGGCGCCAGAACUAUAUUUGCAAGAACAUGAGUCUACUGUGCUGUGUCUCUAGGCCCAACUAUCUCUGAGAGCAGGCCGAUAGUGUUUAAGCUCCAGAAAUGGUUGGCAAAACACACACAGACACACUCAUUCACUACCUAUAUCAAUUACUAAAUUAAGAAUUAAGAUAUAUUCGUACUUUCCAGUAUAACAUGUUAUAGAAGGAGGUAUAAACCUCUAGAAGGAGAAGAAAGAGAGCCAGAAAAAUGUAUAAAUGAGAUGUUCUAGAAGAGUCACUGAAAUCCAUAGAGAAAGUUCAAAAUGGGAAAUCUACCCAAAGAAGAAUCCGUACAAAAAAGUACCAAACAAAUAGAAAAGUUCUAGAAGCGAGCCAGAAUGAAAACAAGAAGAACAGAGGAAUAGGAAACCCAAUUAUCAUUGUAUUAUAAUCAAAAGAAAUGCAAAGGAUGCAAUGUUUAUCUUCAUGUGUAUAACCAAAGUUAAUUAUGCUGCAUAUACAAUAUUAAUAUAAAACGAAUUAUAGAACAAAAGAUAGAGCAUAAAUAUGUAGAGAAUUUCAACUAUUAGAGUUCAGCAAAACAUUUAUGGAGAAUGUAAGUUGGAUAUGAAGCCAGUUAAGACUUUUUAGGCCUGUAAAUUAUAGUCACUGUAUAGACACGCAUUAUUUAUGAUAUACUAAAGUUAUCUAAAUACAUAAAUCCUUGAGUUAACAUUACGAUUAGGCUGAGGUCGAGGAGGAUUUGGUGCUGGGAGCAAGGCAGUUAGGUUGUAGUUCCAUAUGAAUGUAGCCUUCGUAAUUAAGUUAAAGCCUCGCCAGGCAAGUGCUAAAACAAAAGCAAUAAAACACAUUCUUGUUAGAUCAAACACAUAAACACACUCCUUAACAAAUAUGUAUAAAUAUAUACGAAAUGUCUCUAGGUUUCCGUCUGUUCAUUUCAGGGUUUUCACAGCACAGUACCUAAAAAAACAAACACAAACAAAAAACGAACAACAAACGAGCAACAUGUGACCAAUGAAAAACAACUAAACAAAGGAAGAACAAUCUAUUUAAAACUAUGGUUUAUUCAAUCAAAAAUAACAUUAAAUAAGUAUAACACCAAAAUCCCGAAUAAACAAAUGAGCAAACAAUGAAUUUCAAUCAAACAAAGUUUUUGUACAUUUUGAUUAAACAAAAUUAGGUUCGGUUCCCGAAAAAGUUAGAAAUAAUCACAGCAUGUUUUUUCAAGUAGUCACAAAAUCAAAUGAAAUAGUUUUAUGAGUCAAUUAGUAAUGUUUUGUGGAGGACUUACAGAUAAGUUAUGCCGUUUUCCUGGUCGCCACCAUAUAGUUAAGCAGAUUUUUUCCUUUCCCCAACACAAAUGUAACACAUUUAUUUUCAUUAAGCUGACUCAACGAAAUGCUGCUUGUAAUAAUAAUAUACAGCAAUUGGUUGAAAAUUAAUUUAUUGCAGCGUCGAAAUGAAUAAUUAUAUGUUUAUUGUGUUGGGAUAAAUUGAAAUGCCCUUAAAUUAUGCAUUUUAAUUUUUGUUUUACAAAUUAAAAUAUGCUUUUAAGAACCGUACAAACUCGGUUUAAUUUUAAAAAUUCAUAUGGUAUCGUGGUUAAAAAAAUGUAAAGCAAAAUUAAAAGCAUGCGAAUGCAUACAUAAAUAUUUCAUGGUAAAGUUUUCAAUUUUGUUUGGUAUGUUCUGCAUUCUUAAUGCCACAUUAACUGAACGAUAUACAACUUUUUGUUAGCUUCAGUAUUGUAAAUCAAUUUAGCGGACAAACAAAAACAAAAUAAUCCAUCAUGGGCCGCGCGACAGCAGACAAUGGAAUUGUAAAAGUCUGUAAGAACCCCCGAAACACAAUGAGACAAGUGCAUGGCAAAUAUUUGUAAAAUGUUUGAGCUCAACAAUGGAUAUAUACAUACAUACAUAUAUACUACUGCA